GGGAAUCUUGCCCCUGAUGGUCCUGAUGGUGAUUGUUUUCUUGCUUCUUCUGUUCUGGGAGAACGAGCUGAAUGAAGAUGUUGUGCUGACGGCUAUAGAACAAUUACAUGUGGACUAUCCUCAGAAUGCUGCUCCUCUGAGGUACUGCAACUUCAUGAUUCUCCAGAGAGUCAUCAGGGAACCUGACCACACAUGCAGAAAGGUGCACGUCUUCGUCCAUGAGAGGCCUCAGAAGAUCAACAGAAUUUGCACUUCCUCCAAGAAGAUGACUUGCCCAAACUAUUCUGACAUUUUCUGCUUCCAGAGUGAGACAAAAUUCAGGAUGACAGUUUGUCGGCUCAUUGAUGGCACCAAAUACCCUGCCUGCAGAUACCAAAUCUCUCCCAUUGAGGGGUUCGUUCUUGUGACUUGCGAUGACUUAGGGCCAGUUAGUCUCCAGGGAUAUGUUGAGUAACUUGCCACCAGUGAGAACUUCUCAUCUGUUCCCCAAGCUGCUCUGGUUAACCUGAACUGUGGAUAUGGUGU